UAUAUUCGGGUCCUUAGUUCUUUCAAGUAGAAGUAUUUUAUUUUUUGCAGCCAAAACCCUUCGUUUACUGUAGUGUGGAAGAAAGGAACAAACGAGAGAAAGCGAAUGGCCAGCGAGGAAGAGAGCGCGGUGAAGGAGCCUCUGGAUCUGAUAAGGCUUAGUCUCGACGAGCGUAUUUACGUUAAGCUCCGUUCUGACCGUGAGCUCCGUGGCAAGCUCCAUGCUUAUGAUCAGCAUUUGAAUAUGAUUCUAGGGGAUGUUGAAGAGAUUGUUACAACAGUUGAAAUAGAUGAUGAAACCUAUGAAGAGAUUGUUCGGACUACAAAGCGCACGGUUCCAUUUCUCUUUGUUAGAGGGGAUGGAGUCAUACUGGUUUCUCCACCUCUACGGACUGCUUGAUUAGGAGAAUGAAGUUCCUAGCACACUUUCUGGGAAGGAAUCACCUUUUGUCAAAUUUACUACUAAGCUGCUGUUGCUGUAUCGUUGAACCCUCUAAAAGAUUAUUGUUAAAUAUUGAGGGAACUGUGGAAUAUUUGCACUUUUUUCUAUCAUUACAAAAUAGACUUUGUUGAUAUACGUGUAUGAUCUACUGUUUCAAGCUCAUCCUCUUGACAGAAAGGGAUAAUGGACCGACCAAUUUCAUUGUUUGCCUAA